AAAGACCCUUACUUUGGUGAUGGACAAAGGAGAAAGGACUGGCAUAACAAAGAAGCUAUAAGGAGGGACUCUGAGCGUGUAGGAAAUGGAGAACAGGGAAAACCUUACCCAAUGACUGAUGCAGAGCGAGUGGACCAGGCGUACAGGGAAAAUGGCUUUAAUAUCUUUGUGAGUGAUAAAAUUUCUCUGAAUCGUUCCCUUCCAGACAUCAGACAUCCAAACUGCAAGAAUAAGCUGUACCUGGAGAAGCUUCCGAACACUAGUGUGAUAAUACCGUUCCAUAACGAAGGAUGGUCCUCUCUCCUCCGGACAGUACACAGUGUCCUAAACCGCUCCCCUCCUGAGCUGAUAGCAGAGAUAGUGCUGGUGGAUGACUUCAGUGACAGAGAACACCUGAAGAAACGCCUGGAAGAUUAUAUGGCCCAGUUCCCGAAUGUAAGAAUCCUCCGAACCAAAAAGAGAGAAGGGCUGAUAAGAACUCGAAUGCUGGGGGCCUCUGCGGCAAUAGGGGAUGUCAUCACCUUCUUGGAUUCCCAUUGCGAGGCCAACGUGAACUGGCUGCCACCUCUGUUAGAUCGCAUUGCACGAAACCGCAAGACUAUCGUUUGCCCUAUGAUUGAUGUUAUUGAUCAUGACCACUUUGGAUAUGAGACUCAGGCUGGAGACGCAAUGCGAGGUGCAUUUGACUGGGAGAUGUAUUACAAGAGGAUCCCUAUUCCUCCUGAGUUACAGAAACUUGAUCCCAGUGAUCCCUUUGAGUCUCCUGUAAUGGCUGGAGGACUGUUUGCAGUCGAUAGAAAGUGGUUCUGGGAGCUGGGAGGGUAUGAUGCAGGUCUGGAGAUAUGGGGAGGAGAGCAGUAUGAAAUAUCCUUUAAGGUAUGGAUGUGUGGGGGUCGCAUGGAGGACAUCCCUUGCUCUAGAGUUGGACAUAUCUACAGAAAAUAUGUUCCAUACAAGGUUCCAACUGGAGUCAGCCUGGCAAGAAACUUGAAGCGGGUGGCUGAGGUGUGGAUGGACGAGUAUGCAGAGUACAUAUACCAGCGUAGACCAGAGUACCGGCAUCUUUCUGCAGGGGACGUCGCAGCUCAGAAGGAACUUCGCAACAACCUCAACUGCAAAAGCUUCAAAUGGUUCAUGAACGAGGUCGCGUGGGACUUGCCAAAGUUUUACCCACCAGUGGAGCCUCCAGCAGCUGCUUGGGGAGAGGUACGCAAUGUAGGAACUGGACUGUGUGUGGAUACUAAGCAUGGGGCCCUGGGAUCCCCACUGAGGCUGGAAAACUGUGUGAAGGACAGAGGAGACGCAGCAUGGAACAACGUGCAGGUAUUCACAUUCAGCUGGAGAGAAGACAUCCGUCCCGGGGAUCCUCAGCAUACCAAGAAGUUUUGUUUUGAUGCCAUUUCCCACAGCAGCCCUGUGACCCUCUAUGACUGUCAUGGAAUGAAGGGGAACCAGCUCUGGAGAUACCGAAAAGACAAGACCCUCUACCAUCCAGUAAGCAGCAGCUGUAUGGACUGCAGUGAGAGUGACCGAAAGAUCUUUAUGAAUAGCUGCAAUCCUUCAUCUCCAACACAGCAGUGGAUAUUUGAACAUACAAACUCAACCGUCUUGGAAAAAUUUAACAGAAAUCUUGAUCUUUAAAAGACUGAGAAUAUAUAAAUAUAUAUUUUACAAUUAUAGUUUUUACUGGGGAGGAUUACAAAAAAUUUUUUUAAGAAUACUUUUUUUUAAACAGUUAAUGAAGGUAAAAGGGAGAAUCUCAGGAGAAGGUUAACUAGCAGGCCAGUCUUUAUUGCAAAGAUGCUGCAUCCUUCUCUUCUGGGGAUGGUGGAAUUUUAAAGGCUUUGCCAGAGCCACUUCUGUGCUGAGACUGAACAAAAACUCUGUUUUUAGAGGAGUCUGAAUGUGAUUUAAACUGCUUUUUUUUUUUUUUUGCCUUUUUUGUUUUUUGUUUUAUUUGCCACCUGGGUCUGGUGUUAAAUGAUCUUGUUAUCUGGGACCCUCCAGGACUUUUUGUAGCUGCUAUACUACCCACUGAAGUGUUCCCACAUAGGUGCUUUAUCUUCCAAAGUCCAUCUA